AUGAGUUCCUCAUGCCACCCUACGGCCUCACGCUCUGCCGGUUCACCUUUCGCUGCCGUGCGUGCAGGGAAGCCGCCUCGGAUCCCGAUACUUCUCCCCUCUAGCCAUUUCCAGGCUUGGAAUUCUCUCACCCUGGGUAAGCGACACCGUCAUUCAUCCUUCUCCAGCGAAGGUUCUGUUCCCUCCUUACCUUCUGCUCCUGCCAAGACUGCCAUGACUGCUGCCUCCUCCUCUGCUCCUGCUGCGUCCGGUGCGUCUUGCAGCAGAGGAGUGAAGAUGGACUGCACGACAAAUCCUGCCUCUACGUUUCGCCACACCCGGUUCUCUAGUUCCGCCUCUCGAGUCCCAGCCCCACGGUCCUCUCGUCACUCUCACGCUGUGCUUCCAGCUGCUGCCGCCAUUCCUUCGUCUGCUCCUGCAUCUUCGUUUUCUCCGCGUUCGGUUGCACCCGCUGCUCCUCCCUUGGCUUCCACGGAUCGUCCCUUUCCUGCCCGGACAGAUUUAUCUGACACUGUUUGCACUGCUCCUUCCCCAUCCUCCUCCCCGGAGGAGUGUCAGAAUGAUGGCUUCACCCUAGUGACUCGGACCAAAAGAGAUCGCCGUCGCCCCCCACUUCCAGCGCAGGAAAAUGCCCCUCCCUCGGCCAACCGCUCCUCGCUUCUUCCCAGGGCAGCACGUCCCUCGGUGGGAGUGUCCCGUGCCCAGAGGUCCCAGGCCAACUUUCCAGCCUUCCGUGUUCCAGCCCAGGAGGGCUUCGGUACCUCGUACGACGCGGUAGCAGCUCUGGAGGAGGAGUACAGUCACCUCCAUAUGCAAAACAUCAUCGGGAGGGACGGGAGCACGGUUCUACUCCCGCAGGACGAGGACACCUACAAUACACUCCACACUAUUGCCUCCGACCAAGAGGCAUUCUUAGACAUCAUGGAGCUCUCACCAGACAGCCAGCUCACGAAGGGCAUUGUUAUGGGGUAUCCUCUCCGCAUGCCUCCUUUCCUCCUCCGCCAUCACCCGCAAGUAGAGGAGGCUACACGUUGUGUUACUCCUCGAGACAGGGAGGAAACCAGGCAGGUUCUGGUAUCAGUGCGUGGUCCUCUCCCUACCCAGAUCGACCUCGGGAACUGGGGCGUGUUCUACCUUCGCCCAUACACACCGGAACCCCUCAGGUGCUAUCGUUGUCAACGGUUCGGACAUCACCAGGCGAAUUGCUCGCGCCCCUCGGUGUGCGGCAUCUGCAGCGGCCUGCACGAGACACGUCAAUGCCUGACACGAUACAAGGUGAAGCAGGUGGUCACCCACAAGUGCCCCAAUUGUGGCCAGGGUCACCACGCCUGGAAUACAGCCUUCCCGGCACGUCAGCAAAGGGUUGUGCAGGGUCGGGUACGCCAGGUACAAUGGGUGCAGGACCAGCAGCGUGCCGCUAUGACACCUGCUCCACCAGGAACAUUCGUGUGGGGCCAGCAGCGAUCCAUCCCCGACAACACCAGUCCGCAGCUAACCCAACAAGAUUUUUCUCCCCUGGUGCCGACUGCCUCACAGCUUCCGUCUUCCCAGCGACCUCCACAAUCUCCCAACGGUACAAACCGUCUCGCCCCUACCAAGCCUCCUGCUCCUCCUCGCGACUCCAUCCCCGUCACCAAGGACCUUCUCCGCAGUUUUGCCAAGGAAGUAUCCCUCGCAAUGGGUUAUCUUUUCAGCACGAUCGCGGGUGCUACAUUCGAUCUCCAGGCCUUCAACAAAGCGACAGACGUGGUUUCGAGCAAAAUCGCGGAAAAGAUGAUACGGCAGGCAGAGGAACUUACAGCUCCAGCUCCCCAGGCAUCAGUACAACCAGUUCCCUCUCCCAGAGUGAGAGCACCUCCAGCUUCAGCCUCAGCUCAUCACACCACGAAGGGAACACACCCACCUCAACCCCUGCCCGUCUCCGGAUCUGUCAUUGGAACUGCCGUGGAUUCCGCAAGCAGCUGUCCUCCUUGUUAG